AUGCGCCGACAAGAUAUCACCAGGAAACCCGACGGAUUUUAGGACCCAGAAGGUCCUAAAGGGAGGAGGGGGGCUUCGGGAAGUGAAGGCCUCGGAGCUCUGCCAUUCAGCGCCGACGGAGGGGACUUAUUCCGCGUCCCGCGUGGGUAAAGCUGCCGGUUGCCGCGACCCUCUUAUUGUUAAUAACAUAGAAUGAACUACUGGAGAAAGAAGACUGUAAUAUGAUGAUCUACUUUUGAGAUACAUGAAAAUGCCAGCAGAGAGUGAGGCCAAAGCAAAAACCAAGGUUCGUUUUGAAGAAAUAUUCAGAAGUCAUGCUGCCUUAACCAAUAAAAAUAAAUCUAAGAAGAAACAAUUAAGUGUUCCAGAGAAUAUUGUGCUUGAGACAUUAACAAAUCAACUUGAUCCUUCCAAAGAAGGUGAAAAUAAUGAAGUAAAUAUAAACAGCGCAUAUAAUCCAGAGGAAACCAAUCCACAGUUUACAAAAAACAAGCUUGGAAACAAAGCCUUGAUUCCAGAAAAAAUAAGUAAUAAUGUUGUUAGUGCAGAGGAGAGCAAGCAAAAGAAGUCUAAGAACAAGAAGAAAAAGACGGAAUUGCCAGAACAACUUAAUGAGGAAGAACAGCUAUGUGAGACUGAGUUGAACAGUUUUGAAAAACAGAUUCAUGUUUUUUCAAAGAAAAAAGCAAAAAGUAUAUUACAGGCAGAUUCACUUCAUCAAAAAGAGGACAGCAACAUAAAAGGUGCCUUGAACGGAGUGAGGGUUAUAUCUGAAUUAGAUGAGGAGGAACAGCUCAUCCAAGCCUAUGAACAGCAAGUGGCUGAGGAAGAAGCAAAUGCAAUUAAGAAGAAAAUUAAAAAGAAACUUAAGGAACAGAUGUCUGAAUUCACCUCCGGUGUUCAAAGCCAUGAAGUGGUAUUGAACAAUGAAGUGAGCAAAAAGAAGAAAAAGAAAAAAGAGGUACCAGUUAUAUCUGAAGCUCAAACAAGUGGCCCAGAGGAAGAAAGUAAUGGCAAAAAUAGGUCACUGGAAAGACCACUCAUAUCAAAGUUUAAAGAAGAUGUGGUAACAGAGGAACAGGAGUUGGUGGAGCAGACUGAACAACGAAAAUCUAAAGGAAAGAAGUCAAAAAGGAAAUCCAAAAAAGCACUUGAAGAUGAUCAAGAAAACGCUGAUGAAAAAUUAUCACAGGUGGCUUCUGGAACUGUUUCAGCAGAACCAAAGCCUGCUUUCGAUGAUAGCCUUGUUUUAGGUGUUUAUAUUCAUCGAACUGAUAGGCUUAAAACUGACCUUAUGGUGUCACAUCCCAUGGUCAAGAUUCAUGUGGUUGAUCAGAAAACUGGCUUAUAUGUCAAGAAAGAGAAUAGCAGCCGGCCAGUGUCAUCGUUCUAUGAACAAGAGACAGUUGGACAUAUUCUCCCCAUUAUGACCCAGCCUUAUGAUUUCAAACAAUUUAAAUCAACACUUCCAGAAUGGGAGGAGCAAAUCAUAUUCAAUGAACGGUUUAACUAUUUUAUUCAAGAUGCUGAAGAAAGCCCAAAAGUGAUACUGUUUUUUGAGAUCCUUGAUUUUUUAAGCAUGAAUGAUGCAAAGUCCAAGUAUAAAGGUCAAGCUCAUGAAAGUGGCUUUCGGAAAAUCUGUUGGGCAUUUCUAAAGCUUGUAGGUGCAAAUGGAGUUCUGAAUGUUGGUGGAAAACUCCGUCUUCAGCUGUAUUCUCCUCCAAGGAACAGGUCACAAAUCAGUACUGUGGAAGUUUAUGACUGGUGGGCAAAAUAUCCCAGAAUCCAUUAUCCUUCGACGCUCUAUGUAACUGUGAAGGGCAUUAAACUUCCAGAUCAUGUAGACCCUUCUUUACGUUCUAUGAUGGCUGUUCAGCAAGAAUACCAUUCCCCAUCAUUUUUGGACCUGCAAAGUGAAGUAUCCAGAAAGGUUAAUAAUUCUGGACCAAAAGUGGAAAAGCAAGAACCAUUUAAGUGGUCAAAACUUCCAGGACAGGUUUGUCGCAUACCAAACAAGUAUCUGUUUUCCCUGCGAACAGGAGAUAUGGGAUGUUUCUGUAUUAGUUUCUCUGAAGAUGGCAGGACAUUAGCAGCAGGUUGUGCUGGAAGAUAUGGUUAUCCUGUUCUUUUAUAUGAGAUUCCUUCUGGGGAAUUCUUACGAGAAUUUUAUGGACAUCUUAACAUUGUGUAUGAUCUUUGCUGGUCAAAGGAUAAUCAGCAUCUUCUUACUGCAUCCUCAGAUGGCACUGCAAGAAUGUGGAAGAUUGAGGCUCAAAUGACAUCAGCCAUGAAAGUUUUUCCACAUCCUUCGUUUGUCUACACUGCUAAGUACCAUCCAGUGGUUGAAUAUAUAGUAGUAACAGGGUGUUAUGACUCUGUGAUGAGGGUAUGGAAUGCAAAAGUGAAGGAAAUACAUGGGCAGCUUCUACAAGAGUUUGACGGCCACAGAGGUUUUAUCAAUACAUUAUGUUUUGAUGCAGAAGGAUAUCACAUGUUUUCUGGUGAUAGCACGGGGCUAAUAAUUGUUUGGAAUACUUACAUCAAAGAUAAUUCUCAAUCACUGAUCCAACAUUGGGGCAUUGAUAAGGAAGUAAAAAGUGAUGACAUUAAAGUGAUGACACCAAUCAAUCACUUGGAAGUUCAUCCAAAUGGAAGACGUUUAUUGAUCCAUGCCAGGGACAGUACUGUGAGAAUUAUGGAUCUCCGAAUCAUGGCCACAAAGAAAUACAUUGGUGCAACAAAUUAUCGAGAAAAAAUUUGCAGUACCUUAACACCAUGUGGGACAUUCCUUUUUUCUGGAAGUGAAGAUGGCAAAGCAUAUGUCUGGAAUGCAGAGACAGGUGAUCAAGUAGCUGUAUAUUCAGAUCUUUCCUUCACAUCUCCUCUUCGUGGUGUUGCUUUCCAUCCACAUGAACAUAUGGUGUCAUUUUGUGCCUUUGGUCAAAACCAGCCAAUACUUGUAUACAUUUAUGAUUAUAAAGUUGCCCAGCAGGAUCCUGAGCUGGUAAAAGAUUUUAAUGGAUUACAUUUAUCCAGAUCAUCCAGAGCCCCACAAAUUCUUAACCAUUCUGCUGGUCUUUCUCUACCAAAAGAUUCCAUCAUGUCUCCAGCCGACCGGUUUGCAAGUUUUGCAAGAGUAUCUAUGAGGAUGCAGAAAGUCAAACAAAAGCUGGAGUCCGUUACGGCCAGCUCCACUUCCUUGGUUCCUAGUCCAUCUCAACUUUCUCCACAAUCCAAGUUAAGAUUAGCAGGUGCUCUAGGUGAACAAUGGAGUCCUCUGUAUCCUCUUCCUACUCAAAGUGGAAGCUUUGUCCCAGUGGGAAAUCCUUUUAGCCGAACACCAUCAGCUGGACUGCGCAUGAAUGCUGAAUUGACAGCUGCAGCCUGUGUCAAAGGAGAUACAAGUUCCAUUCCUGUCCAGGAAACAGUAGUGGCUCUUUAUGACUACACAGCGCAUCGAUCAGAUGAGCUAACCUUCCAUUCUAGUGACAUUAUCCAAGUGUUAUACAAAGAUAAUGAUAAAUGGUGGUUUGGCAGCUUGGCGAAUGGACAGCAAGGCUAUUUUCCAGCCAGCUGUGUGGUUGGUGAAACACUAUAUGAAAAACAGUUGUCCCCAGGAGUAGCAGAAGAUUCAGCUCCUUUUCUAUCCAGUGAACUGGGAGAAGUAACAUCACCAGCAAUGCCGGAGAUGCCAGCAGCCAUCAGCAAGUCAGAAGACCAAAGAUUUGUUUCUGAGAAUGACACAGGCUACCUGAACACACAAGGCGCAAAGAGGAAGACAAGGAAGAAAGGCAUACAAACAGAGGAAAAGGAAUACAAGGCAAAUUUAAUUACACUUGACAACUUCCCAUCUAAUGUUGCUGAGGACAAUCCCAAGAAAAACUUGGUGAUGAAGAAAAAGAAAAGGUCUGUCAAGACCACAAAUGCAAGUGGAAUGUCAAAUGAGGCUUUCCAGUUAGACUCUUCUAAUGCAUAGCCUCUGUUUUUUCUUGGAUUAAUGGAAAAAUAUGGAAGUACUAUUUGUCGUGGAAUGAUAUUCUCACAUUGUUGAGGACAGGAAACAUAGAAACAUAAAUUAACCUUGGUAAGUAGAUUAUCACAAUGUUAGGUCAAGGACCUGAAACAAGGAAGAUGUACUGAAUAUUUCACAGAAACUUAAGACAAUUUAAAGCACCAAUUAUGACCUCAGUGUUAUGCUUUGUUUUUGUUUUUUGUUUUUUGAAAGCACCUGAAAAUAUCUAAAGCCUAAUGGCAUAUCCAGUUUUUUCUUAGACCUGUUUCCAUCCGUGAGAUACAAUAGAGGAUAGCUCAUUCAAUGUUGAACUACAAUUGUGGGUAAAGGCAAUAGCAUUGAACUUCAGCUGAAUUAUAACCUAUGAAUUAAAGGAAAACAAUAUUGCCUAGAUGGAUGUAAUGUGCGUCCUACAAAACCUGAUUUUGGUACAAAUAAAGGAACGCAGUAUUUUGUGUGACAAUAAUGAAGGAAUUUCAGAACCGGAAAAAGAAGCUCAAUAUUUCCUUAUUUGUUCUGCUACACAUAUACUUAAGAAAUGAGUCCCACUUUUUUGCAUUUGAAAAUGAAAAAAGUUUAUAUUAAAAAUGAAUGUUCAUAUGAAUAAAUUUCAACCACCUUCACAAAGGACG